GCAACAGUAGAGGCCAUUCAGUGACUGAGGGGUACACGUCAUUGCUGCGAACGGAAGAAAAAUGUAGCAUUGAGUCUGCCCGUCUAAUCGGGGCUUUGGAGUGGGGGAGGGGAGGACCGUGCUGGGGCUUUAGAAUGGCACGCGUCCCCGGUUUUUUUUUUUUGUGCAAAGCAAAAGUUCUCUGCGCGGGUGCUGCCUCGUGCUCCUCCUGAAGCCUUCUACAACAACAACAUGAGUUUUGCUAAUAAAAUUACGGAUGUGUCCCCCCAGAUAAAGUCAGUUGGAAACGUACAUUCUCCCUCAGCAGGUUUUGCAACGUUACAGUCUUACAGACCCCUUGUAAACGAAUAUGGACCACCUUCCUUGGGCUUCUCACAGGGGACAAGUGGAACCCAAGUGCCUCAGAGUAAAUAUGCUGAACUUCUAGCCAUAAUUGAAGAGCUAGGGAAGGAGAUAAGACCAACGUACGCCGGGAGCAAAAGUGCCAUGGAGCGACUUAAACGAGGGAUCAUUCAUGCCAGAGGGCUGGUGAGAGAAUGCUUAGCAGAAACGGAGAGAAACGCAAGGUCCUAACCACCCGAGAAGCACCCGGCCCAACUGAAGACUGAGCGUCUUUCACACGUCUCUGCGUCACGCCGUUAUUUCACAGGAAUGCCAAACGGCUUUCGAAAAAAAAGAAAAGAAAACACACUUAAAAUGUUGACAUUUGGCUCUGGGAGUGCAAAAAAAAAGAAGAAAAAAGGUUAGACCAGUAUAUGAAAUAUACUUGAGACAAACCUUCAGGGUUAUAUUUGUGUUCCCAUUUGGGAAUUUUUGGAUUUCCUGACUGCUUCUAUAUAAGUUACAAAAUGGGAAUGGGAAAAACAACUUUGCAUGCAACUUAGCAAAUGCUCCCAGUUUACUCUAGAAACUGCAUGACUUGUACAGGGUUUGACAUAGAACAUUUAGGGCAUUUAGUAAUGAACAUGACUCUGAAACGUAGACAUUUUUAACAAACUAAUAUCUAGGCGACUGGACUGGACAAAAGUCUAGUGCCAAAUACUGUUACCGCAUAGCAGGUUUGGAUAAACUAUUGUAAUAAAGCCAUUAUUUGCAUCUUUGUAUGUAUUUAUUACUCGGUGUAAUAAAGCCCUAUUUUCAUUAAAA